AGAUGGUGUGUUGUUGCCUUCUCUGCUGAUUGUCUGACUGAACAACGAUGUGGCAAAUGAUCAGGCCUACAACACUUCGUGAGAAGCAUCAAAGUGUGCCACUGAACGAGCGUAUUUUCCGGGGAUCUUGACACUAUCCAUCGGGGAGAAAGCCUACGUUUUCGCCUGCAGCACCUCAGAAGAGAAAGAUGUGGACUGAGGAAGCAAUGGAAAACGCGCAACAGGCAGCCAGCCAAGGGAUGUCCGUACGGGAGGCAGCGAUUCAAUUUGGAGUGCCCAAGUCAACACUGCAUGACCGCAUUAGUGGGAGGGUUCAACCUGGUGCUGCAGCUGGAGCUCCUCGCUAUCUGGAUAAGGAGGAAGAAGAGGAGUUAGUGAGGUGGAUUGAAGGGUGUGCCGCCAUUGGCUAUGCAAAGAGUGUGCGAGAGGUGAGAAGUGUUGUGGGAGCUAUAGUAGCAGCAAAGAACAACCUGGAGAAUGUGGUUGUUAGCCAUGGAUGGUGGGAUCAUUUCCGAGCGCGCCACCCCCAUCUUACCCUCCGCACCGGAGAAUCCCUUGCCUAUCAUCGUGCUGUCAGCACUAACCGUCUUAUUAUUGAUAAGUAUUUCGACCUGCUCGAAGAAGUGUUUGUGUGAAACCGCCUCUCUUCAAGGCCUCACCUCAUCUUCAAU